AUGGCAAAAGGAGGCUCGCUAUACAUCGUUGGCAUAUUCUUACCAAUAUGGACCUUUAUGAUCUAUAUUUUUGGCAAAGAGUUAUUCCUCAUACGAAAAUACCAAAAGAUUGACAGUACGUAUACUGCUCUUUCCCAAAGAGUAAAAGAACAAUAUGAUACAAGUCGAAGAAGAAACUAUUUUCCUAAAGUAAAACUUUCCCGCAAUAGCUACGACGACUACACUUUAAAUUAUACCAGACAGAAUGAUUCUGAUUCUUUUCACCUACGAGAAAAUGCAACAAUUUUAAUGCUGGUGAGAAAUUCAGAAUUAGAAGGGGCAUUGGAUUCAAUGAGAUCAUUAGAGGACAGAUUUAACAACAAGUAUCAUUAUGAUUGGACUUUUCUAAAUGACGUUCCUUUCGAUCAAGACUUCAUUGAAGCUACAACAUCAAUGGCGAGUGGGAAGACCCAAUAUGCUUUAAUACCACCAGAAGAUUGGAAUCGGCCGCAAUGGAUUAACGAUACACUUUUUGAAGAAAGACUUCGAGUCAUGGAGGAUGAGGGUGUUUUAUAUGGGGGAUCCAAGUCAUAUAGAAAUAUGUGUCGGUUUAAUUCUGGUUUUUUUUUCCGGCAGUCAAUACUGGACAACUAUGAUUACUACUUUAGGGUGGAACCCAAUGUCAAGUAUUAUUGCGAUUUCCCAUAUGACCCGUUCAGAGUUAUGAGAUUGAAGGGCAAAAAAUACGGAUUUGUCAUAUCAUUAUAUGAAUAUGAAGAAACCAUACCAACCUUAUGGGACGCGGUAGAGGAGUAUUUAGUGGCCAGCGAAGAGACCAUUUUACGUAAAGAGGACAGUGCCUAUGCAUUUUUGACCGAUUCAGGGCUAGUUGGUAAGCAUUAUCCCGUUGUUGAAGCAAACUCUGACUACAAUUUGUGCCAUUUUUGGUCGAAUUUUGAGAUUGGCGACUUGAAUUUCUUCAGAAGUGACGAAUAUAAGCAUUUUUUUGAAACUUUAGAUGCCAAGGGCGGAUUUUACUACGAAAGGUGGGGUGACGCACCUGUACAUUCAAUUGGUGUCUCCCUACUGCUGAGACCUGACGAAAUCAUUCAUUUUGACGAACUUGGCUAUUUUCACUCACCGUUUGGCACCUGUCCAGCAUCUUACGCUGUUAGGCUCGAUCAGAGGUGUAGAUGCAAAAGCGAUGAUGAAAGUGUCAUAGAUAUAACCCCACAUAGUUGUUUGAUGAGAUGGUGGAAAAACGGUAGCGGCAAAUAUUUCUUAAAAGAAGAGCAAGACGAGAUUUAA